AUGUGUGUAUAUGUAGAGGAUGGGAAGAAACUCCUCAGCUGCCCUCAGUGUAGGCAGACCUUCACACUGAGGCCUGUCCUGCUGAAGAACACCAUGUUGGCAGCUCUAGUGGAGCAGCUGAAGAAGACUCGACUCCAAGCUGCUCCUGCUGAUCACUGCUAUGCUGGAGCUGAAGAUGUGGCCUGUGAUGUCUGCACUGGGAGGAGACUGAAGGCCUUCAAGUCCUGUCUGGUGUGUCUGGUUUCUUAUUGUGAGAAACAUCUUCAGCCUCAUUAUGACUCUGCUCCAUUAAAGAAACACAAGCUGGUGGAGCCCUCCAACAAGCUCCAGGAGAAGAUCUGCUCUCGUCAUAAUGAGGUGAUGAAGAUCUUCUGCCGUACUGAUCAGCAGUGUAUCUGUUACCUCUGCUUAAUGGAUGAACAUAAAGGCCACGACACAGUCUCAGCGGCAGCAGAAAGGACCGAGAGGCAGAAAGAGCUGAGGGAUCGACUCAACAUCCAGCAGAGAAUCCAGGACCGAGAGAAAGACCUGAAGCUGCUCCAUCAGGAGGUGGAGGCCCUCGACCUCUCUGCUGAUAAAACAGUGGAGGACAGUGAGAAGAUCUUCACUGAGCUGAUCCGUCUCAUGAAGAACAGAAGCUCUGACGUGAAGCAGCAGGUCAGAUCCCGCAGA